AUUCGCAGCGGAACCAUCGACACGACCAGCAUGCAGACGCAGUGUAUCCUCCUCCUCCUGGCCGCCAGCCUGGCCAUAUGUGUGGCCCGUCCGGAGCCACCGAAGUCCCGCUAUGGACCACCCCCACCGCCAGCUCCCCAAAAGGAAUACGGACCCCCUGCUCCGGCGGCACAGCCUCUACCCGUUUAUGGCCCACCCGCCGCCUUCUACGGACCACCGGCCACCUCGGAGGCCCUGGUGACCAAGAAUGUGUACGUGCAUGUGCCGCCAGAGGAGCCGGAGUUCUAUCCGGCCUCCUCGCCCAUCCAGACGGCCGUGCCCAAAAAGCACUACAAGAUCAUCUUCAUCAAGGCGCCCAACCCACCCACUCCAGUGCGUCAGGUGCUCCCACCCCCAGUGCAGGAUGAGCACAAGACCCUGGUCUAUGUACUCGUGAAGAAGCCCGAAGAGCAGCAGCCCCUCAUCCUGCCCGCUCCCGAGCCCACGGAGCCCAGCAAGCCGGAGGUGUACUUCAUCAAGUACAAGCAGCAGCAGCCCAAGCCGGCCACCCAGUACGGACCACCCCCAUCCGCCCCCGCGGAGGAGUACGGAGCACCACCUGCCCCCCGCACCCUCGAGCAGUUCUAGUUUGUAGUGUCGCCUAGGUGCACAGCCCAUGAAUGUAAAUAUUAUUUAUGAUCGCUGCCAUUAAAGAGAGUUUAGAAAAUGCAAAAUCAAUUUGUUCCCGGAUCUUGAAUUCCUGCUGCACAUGAAUUUUUACAUAUUCAGGGUCAGAUUCUUACUCUAUGGAGAUAAUAAGUAUUCAUAUUCCGCGCCAGACAUGUAUGGAGAUAAUAAGUAUUCAUAUCUUGUUGUAAGUUGUGUUCCAGAUCCUGAAAUCUUGGCAUAUGCAUGUGAAUCUUUAUCAUAAUAUAUACCCAUAUCCCCAUGAAUUCUUGCG